AUGGCACUUUCUCUCUAUCUCCUCGUCAUCUUAUUAUCACUCGUGGCCAUCGCCAUAAACACGUCCGCCACCGUUCAUCUCCGCCUCAUCCACCGCCACUCCAUUUUCCCCCGUUACAACGACAGUAAAGACGAAUCCAUCCAAGAGCCCAUGUUUGUUGCAGAAGAUGCAAUCCUCUUCCUUGUGAAUAUCUCUAUCGGGGAACCCCCCUCCUCACACCUUCUGGCCAUGGACACCGGGAGCAACCUCGUCUGGGUCGACUGCUGCUUCGGCGCCCCCUAUGCUUUCAACCCCGACCGCUCCAUCACCUAUGCCAAGAUCCCCAGCAGCUCCUCCCAGUGCUCCAGCUUCACCCCCGGCACCGUCCAGGAGGGUCCCGACUGCCGCUUCUCCACCGAGUACGAGGACGGGACGUCGAGCUACGGCUCCAUCGCCCGCGACACCUUUAACCUCCACACGUCGAAUGGUGGGCUCCAAAAGGUCCCCGAUGUCGUGUUCGGGUGUGCGGCCAACACAAGCACAAAGGACAGCUUGCUGGGCGGGGUCCUCGGGGUGAUGGCUCGGAGCCCAUACCACCUGGUGGCCCGACUGGGGAACCGGUUCUCAUACUGUAUCGGUGAUGUGUGGGACCUUGGGUACGCGCACAACCGGCUGGUGCUGGGGGAGGGGGCAGUGAUCCAGGGAGACUCGACCCCCAUGCGGAUGGUGGACGGCUACUACUCGGUCACGCUGGAGGGGAUAAGCGUCGGGGAGAAGGCACUGAGCAUCAAGGGAGACGAGUUCGAGUUUAACGUUGUGGUGGACUCGGGGAGCACGGUGACGGAGCUGAGAGAGAGCGGGUACGAGGCGCUGGUGGCAGAGGUGGAUGGGCUGAUCGGGGGGUCGCUGGCGCGGUUCCAGGAUGAGGAGGGCUCUGUGUGCUACAUGGGGGAGAUGGAGAGGGACUUGGUGGGUUUUCCGGUGGUGACGCUGCACCUAGGAGAGGGGGCCCAUAUAGACAUGAAAGUGGGGGCCUUGUUUGAGAUGAGGCAUGGGGGGGUGUUCUGCCUGGCGGUGGUGAAGGCUGAGGGGGUAAACAUCAUAGGUGUGAUGGCGCAACAAUACUACAAUGUGGGCUUCGAUUUCGAUCAGAUGAGGAUUAGUUUUCAGAAGAUGAACUGUGAGUUGAUUGAGGAUGAAUGA